AUGGCCGAAGCAGAGCCCAUAAAGCUGGUGAAACGUGCGCGGAGUGCCGUGGUGCCGCGGGCGGGGCGGGGGGAACACUCCUGGGCCUCGCAGGAAUGCCCUGAUGGCUCGGCCAGCUGGGCGGGACACGCGGGCCGUUUCGGGGUCUUUGGAAGCGCUUUUAAAAACCCACCCUUUGAAGGGCUGCAGCUGCAGGAUUCCGAAUCGGAGAUCUUUUUCCCGGAGGUUCUUCCACACGGAAGCCCACCGGAUCCCGCCAGACCACGCGGCCGAGGGGCAGAUGCCGGCCCGGGGAGCAACUCUCGGGAGGUCCGCUCUAUUCCGAACCGGGAAGAGUCCGACUCUCGUGCGUUUAACCGCCGCGAACCUCCGGGACCGCAAACGCCGCCUUCAUCUGGUUUGAGGCUCAAAAUCGCGGCUUUUGGCAGGGAUUUGCACCUCGUUUUAAAGAGGGAUACGCGCUUUCUGUCCCAGAAAUUCAUGGUGGAGAAGAGACCGAAAGCACGAGAGGCAUCUCCGCGGGACUCGCCAGCUCCUUCGCCUGCCAGCGCGGAGGCUGCGUGCUAUUUCAGCGGAACUGUUCUCAAUUACCCCGGCUCCCUCGCCUCCUUCAGCACCUGUGCCGGCCUGAUGGGGUUCGUUCAGCUCAGUGAGGACUUCCUGUACGUGGAGCCUGUGAACCGCACGCUGACGGUCACUGGGCACGCUCACCGCGUCUACAGGAGGAAGAGGGCAGCCAAUCACACGCGUCCCUGCGCAGUCAUUCCAGAGAGGCAGAAAGUGAAGAGCAGGAAGGCUUGGGAAGGCGGGAGAGGGAAGCGCUACUCGUAUAAACUCCUCCACGAGUACGACGUGGAGACGCUGGUGGUGGCAGACCCUGCCAUGGUCAGUUACCACGGCACCGAGGCGGCCAAGCGCUUCAUCCUCACCAUCAUGAACAUGGUUUUUAACCUGUUUCAACACAAGAGUCUGGGAAUCCAGAUCAACAUCCGUCUGACCAAGCUGGUGCUGCUGCAGGAGACCCCAGCCAGUAUGUACAUCGGGCACCAUGGAGAGAAGAUGCUGGAGAGCUUCUGUCGCUGGCAGCAGGACGAGUAUGGCAGGAAGUCCUCCGACUUCGACACGCCGUGGAGGGACGACCUUCCGUCUGUGGACACCGCCAUCCUCAUCACACGGAAGGACUUCUGCGUGCAUAAGGAUGAGCCCUGUGACACCGUAGGGAUCGCCUAUCUGAGUGGGAUGUGCAGUGAGAAGAGGAAGUGUAUCUUAGCCGAAGACAACGGCCUCAACCUGGCCUUCACCAUCGCCCACGAGAUGGGGCACAAUAUGGGUGUGAGCCAUGAUAAUGACCACCCCUCCUGUGCUGAUGGCCUCCACAUCAUGUCGGGGGAGUGGGUCAAAGGUCAGAACCUGGGGGAGGUGUCCUGGUCCCGCUGCAGCCGUGAAGAUGUGGAGAAGUUCCUCAGGUCCAAGUCCAGCAGCUGCCUCCUGCAGACAGACCCGCUCAGUCAGAACUCGGUCAUUCUGCUGUCCCAGCUCCCCGGACUGUCCUACACCGCCCACGACCAGUGCCAGAUCCUCUUCGGCCCCACUGCGUCCCACUGUGUCAGCAUGCAGCACGUGAUGUGUUCGGGUCUCUGGUGCCGGAUGGACGGGGAGAAGGACUGUCAGACCCAGCUGGACCCGCCCAUGGACGGGACCGAGUGCGACACGGGAAAGUGGUGCCGAGCGGGGGAGUGUGUGAGCCGGGCCCUCCCGCCCGCCCCGCCCGCGGGGGUGUGGGGCCCCUGGGGCCCCUGGGGGGCCUGCAGCAGGACCUGCAGCCGCGGCAUCAGCGCCCGCCAGCGCACCUGUGAGGGCCCCAGAGCCGGCGGUAAGGAGAGCCGGUGCGUUGGAUCCGGGAGGCAGUACCAGCUGUGUGAAAACCCGCCCUGUCCCUCGGGAACGCCGGGAUUCAGAGACUCGCAGUGCCACACCUUCAACCGACCCUCCCUGCACUGGCACUCCGUCAUGGAUGACGAACGGCCCUGCACCCUCUUCUGCUCCACCUCCGGGAAGGAGACCCCCGUCGUCCUGGCAGAGAACGUCCUGGACGGCACUUCCUGUGGCCCUCAGGAGUCUGGCAUGUGUGCCAACGGGACCUGCCAGAAGGUGGGCUGUGAUGGGGUGCUGGGCUCCACCUCCAGAGAGGACCACUGUGGGGUCUGCAACGGGAGCGGGAGGACCUGCCGGGUCAUCAAGGGGGACUUCAACCACACCCGCGGAGCUGGGUAUGUGGAGGCGGUGGUGAUCCCUAAAGGAGCGCGGAGGAUCAGGGUGGUGGAGGAGAAACCAGCUCAGAGCUACCUCGCGAUGAAGGACGACAGCAGGCGCUCCAUCAACAGCGACUGGAAGAUCGAGAACCCCGGCCUGUUCAGCAUGGCAGGCACCACCGUGCACUACGUCAGGAGAGGACUGUGGGAGAAACUCUCCGCCAAAGGGCCCACCACCUCCCCCCUCCACCUGCUGGUGCUCCUGUUCAACGACCAGAGCUACGGGGUCCACUACGAGUACACGCUCCCCGCAGAGCCAGCCUCCGAGCCACAGGGGGGCGCUGUCCCCCGGCCCAGCGAGCCCCUCUUCAUGUGGACCCACUCGGGCUGGGAGGACUGCCACGCCUUCUGCGGGGGAGGAGAAAGAAAGACAAUCGUCACCUGUACCAAGAUACUCAACAAGACCACCAGCGUGGUGGACCACAGGAAGUGCCGGCACUUAACCAAACCGGAGCCCCAAGUGCGCAAGUGCAACGAGCAGCCCUGCCAGACCAGGUGGAUGAUGACAGAGUGGACGUCCUGCUCCCGGACCUGUGGGAAGGGCUCGCAGGCGCGCCAGGUGGCCUGCACCCUGCAGCUGCCCAACGGGACGCUGGUGAAGGCGCGGGACCGAGACUGCGGGGGCCCCAAACCCCCCCCCACCCAGCGCUGCGACGGCCAGGACUGCCUCACCCUGUGGGAGGCCGGGGUGUGGUCCGAGUGCUCGGUGACGUGCGGGCGGGGGGCUCGACACAGGCUGGUGAAGUGCACAAACCCGCGCAGGAAGUGUGACCUCAGCACCCUGCCGCGCGAGGUGGAGGAGUGUGAGGACUACUCCAAGUGCUACGUCUGGAGGACCGGGGACUGGGCCAAGUGCUCCGUGACCUGUGGGAAGGGCAUGCAGUCGAGGGUCAUCCAGUGCAUGCACAAGAUCACCGGCCGCCACGGCAACGAGUGCUUCUCCUCGGAGAAACCGGCGGCCUACCGGCCCUGCCACCAGCAGCCCUGCAACGAGAGGGUCAACGUCAACACCAUCACCUCCCCGAGACUGGCGGCCCUGACGUUUAAGUGCCAGCGGGACCAGUGGCAGGUGUACUGCCGGGUCGUGCGGGAGAAGAACCUGUGUCAGGACAUGCGCUGGUACCAGCGCUGCUGCCAAACCUGCCGCGACUUUUACGCACAGAAGAUGAAGCAGCGCAGCUGA